AUGUCGGUUAACGCUACUUCCAAAUUCGACAAUUUGAGGCAGAAAUAUGACUUUCUGUUCGUAAUCUAUUAUCGUGGCCACUGGUGCCCGUUCUGCAUGGCAUACCUGCGCGUUUUGCAAGACCUUAGCCCGACUAUCACCGCGGCUGGGGGCUGCCCAGUGAUCGUGUCUGCACAGGACGAGGAGCACCUUGCUGAAGUCCGAUCUUCUAGUGGAUAUACCGGCGAGGCAAUCAACGAUCCGGAGAACACCCUGGCUAAGCGCCUGGCAGCCGACGGUAUCAUUGCUGUCGCAAUUACUGAGUGGCAAGGAUAUCCACAUGGCCUAGCCCAACCUGCAAUUCUGGUAAUUAAGAAAGAUGGAAGCGUCAUGGAAACUUGGGCCAUUAUGAAUCUAGGAGGGGCAAAGGACCGCCCUGACCUUCAUCAGGUAUGGGAAAACAUUAAUGCCAAACUCAACGAUAAACAGCCAUCGUAUGCGCGUUUUAGCAAUCAGAGAGAACUAGAUGACCUUGCUUAA